CCCGAUUUAAUGCCUGAUAUAUCAGUUGCUUUUUGCUUUGGUAUUGAGGUAAGCUCUCGCUGAGGGGGGACGAGUACGAAUAAAACAGAUUCCCCCACCAUAAAUACAACUUUGUCUGACGUACUUUCAGGAUCCAAAUCUGCAAGACUUAUUUCUAAUUUCUAACUCUUUCCGUCAGCAUAUCUGCCGAAAGAUUAAUAUCAAAAUGUCACCUCCAGCUAUUAUUGCUCCAUCUAUUUUAUCUGCAGAUUUUGCAGAAUUAGGCAAAGCAUGCUCUGAUACAAUCGGUCAAGGAGCAGAUUGGCUCCAUGUAGAUAUCAUGGAUGGGCACUUUGUGCCAAACAUUACUUUUGGAGCACCUGUCGUCACAAAAAUCAGAAGCCAUGUCGAUCGACCAACGGCUAAACAUGGAAAGGGAACAUUCGACUGUCAUAUGAUGAUUGCUGAGCCAAAGAAAUGGGUAAAGGAAUUUCAAAAGGCCGGAUGCGAUCUUUACUGCUUUCACUACGAAGCUGCAAUCUCGAGCACUGCAGCAGAAAGUCCGGAAUCAACGAGCGAAUCGAAGACAAACCCAAAAGAAUUAAUCAGAUAUAUCCAUGACAAUGGAAUGUUGGCAGGAAUAGCGAUCAAACCAGAUACCAAGGUUGACGUGCUAUGGGAUAUUCUCGAGAACCCCGAAGAAAAGGAAAGACCAGAUAUGGUAUUGAUCAUGACCGUCCACCCUGGGUUUGGCGGACAAAAGUUUAUGGCAUCUGAAUUACCCAAGGUCGCUGAACUCAGAAAACGAUACCCAGACCUCAAUAUCGAAGUUGAUGGUGGAUUGGGUCCUGGAACAAUUGAUCAGGCCGCAGAUGCUGGCGCCAAUGUGAUUGUUGCGGGUAGUGCUGUUUUUGGAGCCAGAGACCCAUCCGAAGUUAUUGCCAAGCUUAGACAGGCUGUUGACAGCAGAAGGGAAAAACUUUAAUGACAAUGCAAUGUAAUGUGACAUACAAGUUCGUACACGGCGGCAAUAACGGAACAUGGUCGGAUACAUAGAAGUCGAUAUAUGUGUUCGAUCGUAUCGCAAAGUUCCAAACUUCAAUGCAAGCGGCAAUGCAUAUAGAAAAAUAGAGAUAGAUUCCCAGUCUUAUCCGUCCAAUAUAACCUUCAACUUCCUUAAUUUGACAAAAGGAGUUCCACAUAAGAUUGCCAUGCAACGCAAACCCUUCCGGCUUCGAGGAAAG